UUUCAGUCCCCAGCCACAGGUUCCACGGUGUCAGUGCUAGCCCGCUGGGCUGUUUAUUUUAGGAAACAAAUAGCUGUAUCAUUUGCACACGCCCUUAUAGGCAGACACGGGCUCUUGACUCGCGUUCUUCAAAAGAAGGGAAGGCAAGAUGAAGAGCUCUUUGUUGCUGUGCGUGGCCUUGGCUGUCUCCUUGGGAUUCGUCCUUGUGGCAGGUUAUCCAGAGGCCUCUGGGGAUGACGAGCAUGUGCUGGUCAAUAAUAAGUGUCAGUGUGUGACAGUGACCUCAAAGUUCGUUCCCUCCAAAGAAGAUCCUGGUGAAGAAGUCCUGGAAAGAAACAUACGCAUCCUAGUUCCCCUGCGGGCUCGAGAGAACAUCUCUGACCCCAUGUCCCCACUCAGAACCACUUUUGUCUACCGCAUGACCGAACUCUGCAAAAAAUGCGAUCCCGUAGAAGUUGAGCUGGGUGGUGAGAUUUACAAGGCCCAGCAAAGCACCUCCUGCAAUGAACCUGAAACCUGCUACACCUACAACAGGGACAAGUGCUACACCACAACCUUCCCAUUCUCCUACCACGGGGAGGUGAAAAAAGUUCAAGCAGUUCUGACGCCGGCAUCCUGCUAUGCCGAUUAGCUCAAUCCACUGCUGUACUAAUGCCUUGUUGUGCUCAGUGUUCCUGUCAAAAAAUGCAUGUAUAGAACCACAGUACCUGGACAACAGUGUCCAAACUAUCAGCUCCCAGAGUAAUGCCAGCUUGCCUCUUUGUAUUGUUUACAACAUCAGACUUAGUGCCAUCUCCCAAGAGCAGCUCCUGGUUGUCGUAGACUCUGUUCUCAGAUCCCCAGCAUGUACCUGCAGCGCCAUUAUUGUAUGCCUCAGAAGUUGCCACCAUAUAGACCAGAUCCUCAGCAGAUAUAAAUCAGUAAUUCCCUUCAGCCAAGGGAACUACACUGAUUUACAACACUGGGGAACCUGUCUUUUUGACAGUCUUCCAUCGGUCUUCAUCUGACCAAGGCUGCCGCAGACAUCAGCAGGAAUGUCCGUGUACUUCCCUCCCUGAGCAAUGUAAAGCAAACCUCUGCGCAACCUUUAUACAAGACCUUUUGAUUACAUUAGCAGGAUUUGUGCCAUUAGUAGAAGGCUGUUGUACAAUCAUAUUUGAGAGAAGAGAUGAGGGAUGAGACUGAGAAAUCCGAUUUCAAAAUUAGUUUACAAUUGGGCAUUCUAGACCCUUCUAAGCACUUAGACAAUUGCAAGCUUCUAGUUUUCAUGCACAUUUAGAGAAGAUCAAAAGAUGCCGCUACCCUGAAGUGUUUUUCAAAGUUGCCAGGACCUCAGCUGUGUCAGGAAUAGUAAACUCUUCUAGAAUGCGUUAGGUAUUUCACUUUCCAUGCUUAUUUACUGAUAUUGCUGCCUUCUUCCACCCCUGCUCCCAGUUCAAUUGAUGAAAAAAAUAUCAAGUUGGCUCAGAUUUCUUUUCUUGUUCCUCAUUUUGCAUUCAAAGCUUCAAGAAAUUCUAUGAAGGUGAAUCAAUUGCUAGAGGAGCACCCUAGUUAGAGAUUCAUUCCUUCUUUCACACCAGUAGUCUUUUUCUUUAUACAAGAAACCCCUCACCAAAUAAAGGCGCUGAUUCUGUAUUUCACCUUGCAUUUAAACGCAUUCCACUUGGUAUUGCCCACAGAGACAUCAUGUAUGUGAGGGCUUAAGGCAUCCAGCAUUACAUUUGGGAUGGCUGGUAUGUUUCUCACUGUUGUCAGAAGUUGAUUCUAAAGCCUUAGGCUGUCCUGAGAAGUCCUUAUCUGCCUUCACACGUAAUUGGAAUCAUAAAAACAGCAAACCCCUUAUUCCCAUAAUUGUAGCUUUUUUAGUGAAACAUUGAAUAAACUUUUUUCUGCAGCA